AUGGUUGCUGUUUUCAACAAAGAUCUCUUAAGUUGGUACCUCAUCACACUCAAACUCCGAGAAACAGUCGAAUCUGCUGUACCGAAAUCACCUGCUGGUGCCCCAUUGCUAGAAUUUCCAGAACAACCUCAACAGGAACUGCAAAAACUACAGCAGACACCAUCAGAUUCCUUGCAGAUCGUGAUCAAAAGUGAUGAAGAAAAUCAUGAAGAGGAGGAAGCAAGAUCACCAGAUUUCGACUGGGUGAUAUCAAUCAAAGGAAAACUUGACCAAGCUGGCCAAGAUGAUGCAGCAGGUGUUGCUGAGGGAUUCAAGAAACUUGGUUAUCCUAGAAAUGAUCCUGUUUUUGCAAUGCGUGGUUCAAUGCAUUCUAUUCAGAGAGACAUGAUAAUGCUAGAGAACCAGCUUCCGCUGUUUGUACUCGACCAGCUACUGGGACUUCAGUUUAACAAUCAGAAAGGAUUGGUAGCCCAGCUUGCGCUAGUAUUCUUCGAUCCAUUGAUGCCAACAGAUGAACCGCUGACAAAAAGCGAUAGGAACAGAUUGGAGUCCUCUUUGGGAUGUGCCGCCACCUUCGAUCCCUUGUCAGAUCAAGGAGGCCUUCAUUGCCUUGAUGUUUUCCGAAGAAGUCUCCUGCGCACAGGGCCUAAACUAGUGCCCAGAAAUUGGAUCAAGAGAUGGUCAAAUGCCAAUCGUGUUGCUGAUAAGCGGCGCCAACAAUUGAUCCAUUGCGUCACCGAGCUCAGAGAAGCCGGAAUCAAGCUCAGGAAACGGAAGACCGAUCGAUUCUGGGAUUGCCAUAUUGACUGUGGAAAUGAAAUUACCUCGUAUGUGAUCUUCAUGGACAACUUGAUUAACUCCCCCGAGGACGUAGCAUACCUUCAUUAUUGCGGCAUAAUGGAGCAUUGGCUUGGCAGUGAUGCUGAUGUUGCAGACCUCUUCAACCAACUCUGUCGAGAGGUACGAUUCCUAAUUGCAAAACAGCCUUCCACUUGGUAUACCAAGACAUUAGUUGAAGGCUACGUUUCUGCAGAAGGGAAUGUGGAGUAA